AUGAAUGACAGUGACACCACUGUGACACUUGUUCUAUUCAAUUCAAUUCCCACUUUACGCUUGUUACGCUACCUUGCCAACAUGACCACCUGUGAAAUGGUGUCUGGCAACGCCUUCACCACAGCUACGCUGACAAUCGAUUGGCUAGCCAGAGCCACGGAUACAACAGACUCAACUCACUCCACCACUCACUCCAUCAAUUGCACCCACAUGCUUUUGCAGCAACACCAUCAAUCCUCAUGCCUCCUCAUCGUCUCGUGCAUCUCCACUUCGCAUUGCAGUGAGGAGGAAAGAGCACUGACAAGCACUGCCUCAACUCUUGCACCCUCACCAUCAAUUCAGGAGGCCACGUACGCCUCCUCAACUGAGGCAGUGUUUGGAGGUGGUUUUUUCGCGAUUUCAUCUUUCCGCGUUGGAAAGGGAACUGAGAGUCCGUGA